GUGGCAAACAGGCCCAGACAGCUGGAAAGGGCAUUUCUUACAAGUUAGCCGAUUUAGUUACCAAGAUCAAGUUAGCCAUUUUAGUUACUUAUAUCAAGUCAAAGAAUUCAGGAGCUGAAAGACCCUGCACCAGCUCCAUUGAGUGAGGAGAUCAAACCCAGAGAGAUGACACCCUGAAGAUUGCUGAAAGCCAAACUAUAAAUGAAGUGUGAGCAGCAUUGUUGAAGUGUAACACAUACACCCUCCCUUUCCCACCGAGGAUGUCUGCAAGCAACACACUUCAAGAUUAAGCUUUACCUCUGACAUGAAAUAGUAUAUUUGUAGCUGCUUUACUUAGAAAUGUUUAAAUAAAAGGCAUACAGCAAUGUACCCAUCAGGAACUCACAGUGAAAAACACAGGGCCAUGUUUCAUCCUAAGCUGCUUCGAAGACCUUUGCCACCAAAGGUGGAAACAGAACAACUUCUAACAAAGAGGAAAAGAUAUAAAGAUGCUAUUGAGGAAGAUAAAGCAUCCAUAAAAACAUUGGAGACCGAUGAUGCCCAGCCUGCAGCACCUGGCAAGAACCAACCAAUUUAUUUGUGCUUUCCAGACUAUGAUUUUGGAAUCCAAGUUCCCAAGAGAGACUUUGUUAUUCCAUUACAGUCCAGUGGGCCUCCUAGCUUCCCAAGGCAAAAACGCCGUGUACCAAUCUGCCUCAGGUUUCCUGUUCUGAGAGAGUUCCCAUUGCAUUUAGAUUCAGAAUUUAUGUUAAAAGGCAUGACUGUAGAAGCCAGUCUUGAUAUUAUGUCUCUGCCAUCUGAAGUUAUAAAGCCGAUCCCUUCUCGUUGCAACUAUGAAGUACUCACUAGCCAGCUGAUUGCUGAAGAGAGAAGAGGUCCUACAGAAGUCAGUACUGUAAUACUGUCUUUUGGGGAUCUGCCUAUUAUUGAACGCAGAAAACCUGAGAGACAGAUGCUAAUAGAAAAGAUGCUGGAGGAAAAGGCAGAGGAGGGUUUCCCAGGUGAGGAAGAUGAGGAGAUGGGAUUCCUGGCUAAGGAGAGGAAGGACGCUGUUGAGGUUAAAGAGAAAAAAAAGAAAAGAGUGACCUAUGCAGACAUGGUGGAUGACUUGGGUUUUGCUGCAUCCUUUGUCUCGGGUGUUGCGUUCAAGCCUCAAUCACAGGUGCAGGAUGAAGAGGAUCAAUUGAAAACAAAAGCUGAAACAGCUGUUUCUCUUUGCUUAAAGUACAGAAGAACUGGGCUGAGUCUUAAGGCGUAUUUUCUGUCACAACUUCCUGAUCUAUCUCCUUUGGCUGACUUUUUGUUGUACCUUAACCUGUCAUUCAAUUGCUUGAGCUCCUUUCCUACAGAGGUGUUUUGUCUUCAACAUUUAGAGGUGCUAAAGGUUCGAAACAACCCCAUAAAAUUCAUCCCUGAAGAAAUCAGCCAGAUGAAGAAUCUUAAAUAUUUGGUUAUGUCCUUCAAUUUGCUAACUACUCUUCCACCUGGGCUAUUUACUUUGCCAAAUCUUGAGGGCCUAGAUGUUUCCUAUAAUGAACUUGAAACUAUCCCUAAUGAUAUUGGAAGCCUCAGUACCCUUACAUACCUGAACGUCGAAGGGAAUUUCCUCUAUGUUUUGCCUUGUGGGGUUGUGAAGCUUGACCUGACCCGGUUGAAGGUGGAAAAUAAUUUCUUACAUCCCUACUUCUGGAAUGAAAUCUGCCGUUUUGAGCCACAACGGCUCACUGACAUGGCUGCUCACUGUUUUGCCAAGCACAAGCUGUGGGAAGAAUAUCCUCACAUCCCAAAUGACAUUGAAAAGAUAUUGUGCAACUUCAGGAUUUUACUGCCCAGACCAUUGUAUGGAAGCCUUCAAUUCAUCUGUGUUUAUAAGAAUCCAUACGGACAGCUUCCUUACCUCUUUGCUUCCUGCUCACCCUGCUAUAAGGACUUUGUCACUACAGUUGCCUCAGAGUGA